GUGAAUUUGUAAUCAUAUUAUUAUUAAUAUUAAUUUAGUUAUUAUUAAAUUGUAUGAAUGAUUAACUAAUUGCUGUAAUUAUAGUGUAAUAUUAGGUGCAUUGCAUUGAACGGAAAUGUUUGGCCAAAGCUAUACAUUGUUUCUCAUAUUUGUGUCCAUCGGUUGUGUAUUGAGUGGCAGUGAAGAUACACCUCAUGUGGUGUCGAGUGAUUCGCCGACUGAUGGCCACGACAUGAGUGAUGGCAUAGAUGUGAGUGACGGCAGUGAGGGAAGCGGUGCGAGUGAUGUGUCUGUGGAUCAGUCCAUACUCUACUCGACUCCAAACAUUGAUAACUACUAUAUCUACGAACACUUCGACGACUCCGACGACUUCGAGAACCGAUGGAUCCGUUCGGAGACGAGUAAAUCGGAUUCACAAGAGUUGAAAUAUGAUGGCCAGUGGGCUCUCACGCCCACCACUACAGCCCUUAAAGGCGAUUCGUGUCUUAUAGUGAAGAGCAGAGCCAAACAUCACGCGAUUAGCGCUAAAUUGGAUAAAGUAUUUAAAUUUAAUGCCAAACCACUGGUACUUCAAUACGAGGUACAAUUCCGUAAUGGCCAGGAAUGUGGCGGCGCUUACCUCAAGCUCUUGUCCUCUCCGAGCGGUGAUCUCAAGAAACUGAACGACAAGAGCCAGUAUUCACUGAUGUUCGGACCCGACAAGUGUGGCAAUGAUAUGAAACUACACCUCAUUUUCCAACACAAGAACCCCAAGAAUGGAUCACUGAAUGAAAAGCAUUGGAAACUCACCAGUAAUGUCAAUAAGAUUGAUGAGGUGUUUAAAGACAAUCGCUGGCAUUUGAUUCGUCUUGAGAUCAAUACAGACAACACAUUCGAAGUGACUUUAGAUAAGAGUUCUGUUGGGAAGGGAUCCUUAUUGGAAGACUUCAACCCACCUGUAAAUCCGCCCAAAUUUAUUGACGAUCCCAACGAUAGUAAACCCGAAGACUGGGACGAAAGGGAGAAGAUAGCAGAUCCCGACGCAGUCAAACCCGACGAUUGGGAUGAGAGUGAACCGCGAAAGAUAGCCGAUCCUAAGGCUGCUAAACCAGACGAUUGGGCUGAAGACGAACCCGAAAUGAUUGCUGAUUCUGAAGCUAAACAGCCCUCUGAUUGGGACACAGAAAUGGAUGGCGAAUGGGAGGCACCACUUAUUGCUAACCCUCGUUGCGCUCAGUUAUCGGGAUGUGGCAAAUGGUCGGCCCCUCUCAUUGAUAAUGAUAGGUUUAAAGGCAAAUGGAGGGCCCCUUUGAUUGUGAACCCUUUGUACAAGGGCAAAUGGGCUCCAAAGAAAAUACCAAAUCCUGAUUUCUAUCAAGAUUCCAACCCUUUCCGCACUCUAUUACCCAUUGACGCCGUUGCGUUCGAGUUGUGGACUAUUUCUGAUGGCAUUGCUUUCGACAACAUUUUGAUCACCGAUGACCCGGACGUUGGCCGACACAUCUCGGCUCUCACUUAUCAAAUCAAGAAAGAAAUGUCCGAUUCUGAGACCGAUAACAUACUCAUCAAAGCUGUCAAGUAUACUAACAAAUAUCCAUGGCUUUGGGCCGUCUAUAUCACGGCAGUGGGUAUACCAGUCGUGCUAUUCAUAGCAUUUUGUUGUGUUUCGCCAACAAAACGGCCCGAAAGCACCGAAAGUACGGCUACCAGUGGUUUAUCUGCAGAAUCCAGUUCUGCAAGUAUUGCUCAAAACAAAAAGACAGACGAAUCCACUCCUGACGACAUACUCGCCGAAGAAGACGAACAAACGACACAAGAAUUGGACGCAGAGUUAGACGAAGAAGAAGAAGAAGGACCCGAUGACGGCGAUCAAGACGUCGACGACGCCGACAACACUGAGGAAGAGUCCGACCAAGAAAUACCCGAACCAGAGGUUCGCUCGUCUCCUCGUUUACGCAAAACUCGUUCGCGAAAGGAGUAGUCAUUCAUUCAUUUAAUUUAAUUUUAGUUACAUUUAGAAAUAAAUUUGGAGAGAAUUUCACAUAUUUUGCAAAUACUUUGAUUGUAUUUUUAAGUCAGCAACUAGUGCUAGGUAACAUUUUGUAAUUCUCUCUCUCUCUCUCUCUCUCU